UUCAAAAUGGAGUGCACAUUACACUGUGAAUGAGCGUCCGUGAGGGAAAACCGGUUAAUAAAUCCUCUAAUUUAUCAAACGUUCACUUGAAGUCAUGGCAGACGAAGCAAAAUCUGGCGCUCUAGGUUUCUUCUCGAGCUACGACGAUUUAAGUGACAGCAGCGACUCGGACGGGGAAGCGGAGCGACCGAAGGAAACAAGCCCGAAGCCCGCGACACAAGCCGCCGACAGCGGAGACCAGACCUCUCAAAGCGCCGGGACCAAGAGGGCAACUGGUGGAGCGCCUCUCCCCAAACCUGACGAACUCUUCAACACGGUGUCCAAACCGGCUUUUCUCUACAACCCGCUCAAUAAGCAAAUCGACUGGGAUCGUUUAGCGGUUAAACCGCCUGAGGAGAUUCCCAGAGACUUCGCCCCAUGGCAGACUGCUGUGCCCCCUCCCCAGUCAUAUACUGCGGAACCAACGAUGAGGAAAAGGGGUCCUCCCCCUGGACAGGACAUGGCUAUUAAGUGGUCCAGUGUGUAUGAGGACAACGGCGAGGAUGCGCCUGGUCGAGCUGGCAAAGCCAAGUUUCUCCCAGAGGAAGAGCAGCAGUUGCUGGACUCAGAGGAACCGAACAAGGCGUCUGACAUGUCUGCUAAGAAGCGCCGCGUGGAGACCUUUCAGCAGAAGGAGAAGCGGAAGAGGGAUUUGGGACAAGCUACUUCUGACAAAAAUUUCGUGGAGGAGGAAAAAAGAAUCCUCCGACAAAAGUUGGAGUGAACACCAGACUGUUGUUAGCAUUUUAAAACAUUCACCAAAUAUUCAAGUUUCAUCCAACACGACAAAGGUCCUUGUUUAGUUGCCAAGUCAGUUCAAGCACAAGUCAGUAAUAUAUAGCAUUAGUGCUGGAAUGAAUCGAAGAAACUGGUUGUGUGUUUUUAAUGUCUGUGAUGAGGAUUCACCAAACACCUGGUUUAUCUGUCCUAGUCCAUUUCCGUUGUUUCGGUUUUUCUCUGCAUCAUUGUAUUUUAGGGAAGAGGUGUCAAAGAAGCUGAAAUAUCUGGUUUAUAAGGGCUGAUGGGGACACCUUAGUGUUUUACUGACUUUGUCUUUAUAAACAUUUUCUGAUCAAAACGUGGCGUUUUAUGAAUAUUACUUCAAACACAUUUCUUCAACUAUGUUCCUGCCAGCGUUUAUCUGCUCCUUUUUUUUAAGCUGAAUACAUCUCCAGUAAAGAGCCUCAGUUUCAGUUUACAGUAUCUCUGUUCUGUAUAUGUGGUUGGUAUUGUACUAUGAUGUAUAAUCUCUCCGCCUCCUGGACCUGUGUGUGUUGUGUUGUUCCAGUGAACUUGAAAUGAAAUGGUGGUGAUUGAUUAAAAAUUGCAGUUGGAAAGCGCUGUUCCUCUUUCUGACGCUAGGUGGUGCCAUUGAUGAAUGAUAUAACUGACGGAAGCGUGAGCGCAGAUAUUUCUAUUUGUUAAGAGGCACUUAAUGUCCGAAAUGACGUUUUUGUGGCUGUAGUUUAAUUCACGGUGCAUCUCCUGGCAUUUCAUUUGCCAUCAGGGCUCACCACUACAUCUCUUCCUCCUUAAACUUGAGCAUCCUCCCUAGUCACACAGCUCCUCUUCACCAUGAUCUCUCAUCAUACCCCUCAUAACCAUGAGCCUGACUGGUUGUUUUCCUCUUCUUCUAUCUCCAGCAUACUUGGCCUCGCCCUGUCUCUCCUAUAGACAUGUCCAAACCAUGUGACCUCCCUAACUUUCUACCAUCUUCUCCA